CUUUAGCUGACUGCGGUUGAGCUACGGCGACCGCGAACAAAACCACCAUUCGCCGUCGGAGACUGUAGCCGCACCGAUGAUUUGAAUCUUCUUUUCCCGAAACAUCAAAUUUUUUGGUAUACCAAUGGAUUGAGAAUCGAAACAAGCGCAUAAGAGCUCUAGGGUUUUUCUUUGAGGAGGAAAGAAGAAGAAAGAGAGAGAGAGAGAGAGAGAGAGAGAGAGAACUUCUUUCUGAAGAUUUCGGGUCUAUUUCAGUGGAGCGAGGAGGAUUCAUGGAUUCUGGGAAAGAGAGUGAUAGUGCGGCUGACACUCCCACCUCGCCAAAAAAUGUGUACAAGGAUCCAGAUGAUGGCCGACAACGGUUUCUCCUUGAGUUGGAAUUUGUCCAAUGUCUUGCCAAUCCCACCUACAUUCACUAUUUUUUACUCAGAUUUGGCUCAAAAUCGCUAUUUUGAAGAUGAAGCUUUCAUUGGCUACUUGAAAUACCUUCAAUAUUGGCAACAACCAGAGUACAUAAAAUUCAUAAUGUAUCCACAUUGCCUUUUUUUUCUUGAACUUCUUCAGAAUGCAAACUUCCGCAAUGCAAUGGCUCAUCCUGGAAGCAAGGAAUUGGCACAUAGGCAGCAAUUUUUUUAUUGGAAGAACUACAGGAAUAACCGGUUGAAGCACAUUCUUCCAAAGCCCCUUCCUGAACCUCUUGCUGGAACUCCAGCCCCUGGUCCACCUCCACAAUCUGCACCACCUACAACAAUUGCUGUUACUUCCGCUGGUUCUCCAGCCCUGUCUCCUAUGCAGUAUGGAAUCCCUGCUGGAUCUUCUCUUUCAAAGAAUGAUAUGAGGAAUAGUGCCAUUGAUCGAAGAAAGAGAAAGAAAGAAGGUUAACAUCAUUUAUCAUUUAAAGAAAAGGUGACAGAUGAAUGCUUAGUGAGGUCUACUUGCCAUAUCAGGGCUACUUCAUGUCAUGCAACGGCAGGCUAGCGUUAUCUAGUAGGACCUGAAGAAUCAGUGGUACAUAUCAUGUCUAAUUGUUAAUUUCAAGUAACAAAUAUUGGCGGGGAGAUUUCUGCUUUCUCUAAAACCAGACUGACAUAGAUUAAUUUUUUAGUUUUCUUUUCAUAUUAUCAUCCAUUACCAGCUAUUUCAGUUCUAAACAUCUUUUUCACCGCUGAAUGAGCCCGGUAGAUCUUGUGAUCUUAAACAUUUCUGGUUACAAAUUGUGCUAUUGAUAUGGAGAAGAUUGAGGAUGCAAUUAUGAUUAUUUUAUGGAAGUUAUAUCAACUUUGAACAUAGUUCUAUAAA